AUGGUCCUCCCAAGCCACCCGAACCCCGCAGCGCCGGUCUUCUCCCACUUCAACCUCGCCGGCAAGACCGCCAUCGUCACGGGCGGAACCCGCGGCAUCGGCCUCGAAGCCGCCCGCGGCCUCGCCGAGGCCGGCGCCAAGGUCGCCAUCACUUACACCAGCACGGCCCCCGAGGAGGCCGACGCGACCGCCGCCGCCCUCUCCAAGUCGGGCAACGGCGUGCUCGUCAAGGCCUACAAGUGCAACGUAAAGGUACGCGCCGAGGUCGAGGCCGUGAUCGAGCAGGCGACGAAGGAGGUCGGCGGCGGCAAGCUCGACAUCGUGGUCGCCAACGCGGGCAUUGCGGACCACAUCCCCGCCAUCGAGUACCCGGAGGACAGGUUCCGCGAGAUGCUGGACGUGAAUUUCCACGGCGCAUUCUGGACUGCGCAGGCGGCGGCCAAGGUGUUUGAGAGGCAGCAGAAGGGUGGAAGCGAUGGGCGGGGCAGCAUCGUCUUCACGGCAUCGGUGUCGGCUAUUCUGGUUAACGUUCCGCAGAAGCAGGCGGCUUACAACGCCAGCAAGGCGGCGGUGGUGCACCUCGCCAAGUCGUUGUCUGUGGAGUGGGUUGACUUUGCGAGGGUGAACUGCGUGUCUCCCGGGUUCAUCGCCACGGAUAUGCUUUCGGUGCACCCGGAGGAGUGGAGGAAGAAGUGGUUCUCGAUGAUUCCUGGUGGACGACUUUGCGAGCCCGCUGAACUCAAGGGCUCGUACGUGUACCUGGCCAGUGACGCGAGCAGUUACAUGACGGGUGCCAAUCUGGUGAUUGAUGGAGGUUACACGUUGCCAUAG